AUGUCAGCACCCAUCGAGAGGAAGAGCCUGGACCCUGCAGAUGAGCCAGUGGACGAGGUCCUGCAAAUUCCACCCUCACUACUGACAUGUGGGGGUUGCCAACAAAAUAUCGGGGACCGCUACUUCUUAAAGGCCAUAGACCAAUAUUGGCACGAGGACUGCCUGAGCUGCGACUUGUGUGGCUGCCGCUUAGGAGAGGUCGGGAGAAGACUCUACUACAAACUGGGGCGCAAACUGUGCCGAAGAGAUUAUCUCAGACUUUUCGGUCAGGAUGGGCUUUGUGCGUCCUGCGACAAACGGAUCAGGGCGUACGAGAUGACCAUGCGGGUGAAGGACAAAGUCUAUCAUCUGGAGUGCUUCAAAUGUGCAGCAUGUCAGAAACACUUCUGUGUGGGUGACCGGUACCUUCUUAUAAACUCAGACAUUGUCUGUGAGCAGGACAUUUAUGAAUGGACCAAACUGAAUGGAAUGAUGUAG